AUGUUCCAAGAAUUUGUUUGUGGAAUUCUAAACAGAGAUUAUAUCUAUUAUUGUUUUUUGCAGUUUGUAUUCUUCGCCUGCAUCCAUUACGCUCAAAGCGCUCAAACAAAACGGAACGCUGGAAUCAUACCAAUCCAGCACAGCUAUUCUGAGUACUACAACCACGUCGCUAUUCCAGUACCGCAACCGGUGCCGAUCCAAGUACCGCGCGCUGUACCCUAUCCAGUACAUGUCGGCGUGCCUGUGGAUCAACCCCGGCCUGUUCCUGUAGCGGUUCCUCAAGCCGUACCUCAUAUUAUAGCCCGACCCGUAGCCAUACCAGUAGAUAGACCGUUUCCUUACCCAGUGCCACAACCAGUCCCAGUAACAGUUACUCAAGAAGUCGGGAUCCCCGUACCACAACCGUAUGCCGUUGCUGUCCCCGCUCCUAUUCCAGUAAGAGUAUCUCAACCUGCUCCUGUAUCGGUGUCAGUAGUAGGGGCAGGAGUUGGUGGGAUAGCAGGAAGUGUAGAAGCUAGGGUCAUUGGCGGCAUUGGAGGUCUUGGAGGAAUAGGAGGUGUAGGCGGUAUUAGUUCUAUAGGUGUAGGAGGCCUGGGUCACGGCAUAUCUUCAGGAGUCUCUCAUACGGUUGUUUCUGGUGGCUACGGAGAUCACGUAGGGUAUGGAAGUGGUUACCACCACUAUCAUAAGUGGUGA